UCCAUCAUCUUCUCCGUCUCAUCCACAUCUCUCUCUCAGUUUCAUGAGCUAAAAAUCCUUUUUCUUUAUAUUUUCUUCUUAAUCUGCAUACACUUUGUUUAGCAGAAGAUGAUGAUGAAAUGAAAGAUUACAUUUUCCACUACCAACAGAAACAACAACAAGAACAUGCCUAAUUUGACAUCAGGCGGAGCAACUGUUUCCUCAAGGAACAGUGCGGGCGGCGGUGGCACCAACCACCAACCAGCUCAAUCUCCACCGGUGAAGAGAAAGAGAAACCAACCGGGAAAUCCAGAUCCGGAUGCGGAAGUGGUGGCUUUUUCACCCAAAACACUGAUGGCAACAAACAGAUUCGUCUGUGAUAUCUGCAACAAAGGGUUCCAAAGAGACCAGAACCUCAAGCUUCACCGGAGAGGCCAUAACUUGCCAUGGAAGUUAAAGCAAAGAACAAAUAAUGAAGUGAAGAAGAAGAAGGUAUAUGUAUGUCCGGAAACAACCUGUGCUCAUCAUGAUCCAUCGAGGGCACUCGGUGACUUGACCGGAAUCAAGAAGCAUUAUUCGAGGAAACAUGGUGAGAAGAAGUGGAAAUGUGAAAAAUGCUCCAAGAAGUAUGCGGUUCAAUCGGACUGGAAAGCUCAUUCCAAGAUUUGUGGCACUAGGGAAUAUAGAUGUGACUGUGGUACAGUAUUCUCAAGGAGGGAUAGUUUCAUUACUCACAGAGACUUCUGUGAUGCAUUAGCAGAGGAGAAUUCAAGAACAAUCAUGGGAACAUCUAAUUCACAAGAACAACAACAAAGGUUCAGUAAUGUUCAUCCAUGUCGGGUGGCUACUCAACCAAUGUCAUGGACUGGUCUUUCUUCAUCGUCUUCAAAUAUAUUCCCCCCUAGUUUCGAUGAAAACACUCUCCCACCAGCACCAGCAGCUUGUACUGAUUUCGGUGGACUUAUCCAUCCAUGUGAAGAUGAACAUGCGGCAAGCUCAGGUGCUCCUCCUCUUCAUAGUCAUCAUCCUUCGCUUCUUCUUCAAGAAAUGAUGAACUCUCUAUCUUCUGCUGCUACUGGAUUUGACGCCACGCCCUUUGAUGACAUUGCAUUUAGUGGGGUUUUGAAUGCGAAGAACAAGAAUGGUUCUGGAUCUGGAAAUAAUCAUCCCCAUGAAAGUAGUGGCGGCGGUGCUCAUGGUCGAGGCUUGACAAGAGAUUUUCUGGGUCUUAAGGCUUUCUCCGGUGGCGAUUUUCUCAACAUCGCUGAUGUUAGCAACUCAAUCAACAGUUCCCAGUCACAAAAACCAUGGCAAGUUUAGCGUAAUAUAAUUUCAGGUAAUGUAUAUUCUAAAUAAUUUUAAUUAUUUAAUAACGAAUAUUCAAUUACUCA